AUGCAUCCAGUGCUGAGAAGGUGUAUCCUUCAUGUGACUCUGAUGGGUGUCCUGCUGGCUCUGGCGGCCACAGAAGAACCCAGAGAGCGGGAUUGGCUGGAUGUCUCGAGGCAGCUCAGGACCAAAGUCUGGAACAGGAAACUAUAUCCAGAGUGGACAGAAGUCCAGGGGUCAGACUGCUGGAAAGGUGGCCAGGUGGCCCUGAAGGUCAGCAAUGAUGGGCCCACCCUGAUCGGGGCAAAUGCCUCCUUCUCUACUGCCCUGCACUUCCCUGAAAGCCAAAGGGUGAUGCUGGACGGGCAAGUCAUCUGGGCCAACAAUGCCACUGUCAAUGGGAGCCGGGUAUGGGAAGGACAGCCAGUAUAUCACCAGGAUCCUAAUGAUACCUGCAUCUUUCCUGAUGGUGGACCCUGCCCAUAUGUCUCACGGUCUCCGAGGAGAAGCUUUGUUUAUGUUUGGAAGACCUGGGGUCAAUACUGGCAAGUUCUGGGAGGCCCUGUGUCAGGGCUGAGCAUUGGCACAGGCAGAGCAGUGCUGGGCACACAUACCAUGGAAGUGACUGUCUACCACCGCCGGGGGCCCCGGAGCUACGUGCCGCUCGCACACUCCCGCACAUCCUUUACCAUCACUGACCAGGUUCCCUUCUCUGUGAGUGUAUCCCAGCUGCAGGACUUGGAUGGAGGAAACAAGCAGUUCCUGAGAAAUCAGCCUCUGACCUUUGCCCUUCAACUCCAUGACCCCAGUGGCUAUUUGGCUGGGGCUGAUCUCUCCUACACCUGGGACUUUGGAGACAACAGUGGGACCCUGAUUUCUCGGGCACUUGAGGUCACUCACACUUACCGAGAAGCUGGCCCCAUCACUGCCCAAGUAGUGCUCCAGGCAGCCAUUCCCCUUACCUCCUGUGGCUCCUCCCCAGUUCCAGGCACUACAGAUGGGUACAUGCCAACUACAGAGGUCCCAGCCACCACAGCAGGGCAGAUGCCUACUGCAGAAGUUGGAAGCACUACACCUGGCCAGGUGCCAACUGAAGAUCCCUCUGGUACCACAGCUCUGCCAACCACAGAAGUCACUGGUACCACAUCUGGACAGGGGCCAACCUCAGUGGUAGUAGGUACCACUUCUGCAGAGAUUCCAACCAAAGAGACCACAGACACCACACCUACAGAGGUGUUAACUACAGAAGUCAAAGGUGUCACAUCUGUAGAGGUGUCAGCAGCACAGCCUUCUGAAACCACAGCUGCACAGGUCACACUAACAACUACAGAGUUGAUGGAGACCUCACCUGGAGAGGGAGUCGGCACUGAGCCUGAAGGUCCAGAUGCCAGCCCAUUCAUACCUACAGAAAGUACUACAGGCUCUGUGAGUUCCAUGCUGGAUGACACAGCUACUUUAAUCCUGGUCAAGCGGCAAGUCCCCCUGGAUUGUGUUCUGUAUCGAUAUGGCUCCUAUUCUCUCACCCUGGACAUUGUCCAGGGUAUUGAGAGUGCUGAGAUUCUGCAGGCUGUGCCGUCCAGUGAAGGGGAUGCAUUUGAGUUGACUGUGUCCUGCCAAGGCGGGCUGCCAGAGGAAGCUUGUUUGGACAUCUCAUCACCAGGGUGCCAGCCCCCUGCCCAGAGGCUAUGCCAACCUGUCCCACCCAGCCCAGUCUGCCAACUGGUUCUGCAUCAGGUACUAACAGGAGGCUCAGGGAUCUACUGUCUCAAUGUGUCCUUAGCUGAUGCCAACAGCCUGGCAAUGGUCAGCACCCAGCUCGUCAUGCCUGGUCAAGAAGCAGGCCUAUGGCAGUCUCCCCUGUUCGUGGGCAUUUUGCUGGUAUUGAUGGCUGUGGUGCUUUCAUCUCUGAUAUACAGGCAAAGACUUAAGAAGCAGGGCUCCACUCUCCCUAGCCCCCAACUGCCUCAUGGUGCCAUCCACUGGCUGCGUCUACCCCGGGUCUUCCGCCCUUGCUCCGUUGGCGAGAGCAGCCCCCUUCUCAGUGGGCAGCAGGUCUGA